GCGGGUGGUUUCAUGCGGCUGUUCCUGGUGACAGUCGCCGCUCUCUCCGUCGGGCAGUUCGCCGUCACACACCAGGCAACUACGGUGUCGGCUCCAGCAGACUACUACAAAGUCAUCCUGUAUUACUCCUACAAGGUGAUAUACUUCAGCCUGUUCAUCCUGUCCACGCUGGCGGGGUGCAUCAGCGUGCAGGCCCGCGGGCCCCGGGAGUACCGGCCCCGCUCGGCUGACGUGCUCCUCCUGGUCAUAGGCGCCCUCGGGGUUCUGGUGCUCAACGUGCGGUCCCUCGACGGAUGGACGAAAACCCCGAGAGACCCCGAGAGCUUCCCGUUCAAACCGGAGGGCUGCCCGCACGGCAUCACGGACGGAGACUUCCCCAAACUGAGGGCCCUUCUAAUGGCGGACGCCGUCCUGAACCUGACCCAGCUCGUCCUGCAGACCACGUUCAUCCUGUCCUCCGUGAUUCACAGGCGGCUGGAGGGCAGGGUCGGGGCUCACUCCGCCAUCCUCUGUCUCUUCAACAUCUCCGUCUGGAUCAACGGCAGCUUCGUGGAGGUAUGUUUGUUUAUCUGUUUGUUUGUUUGUUUGUUUAUUAACGUCACCCACUGCCGGCUAGAGGGCAGGGUCGGGGCCCACUGCGCGAUCCUCUGUCUCUUCAACAUUUCCGUCUGGAUCAACGGCAGCUUCGUGGAGGUUUGUUUGUUUAUCUGUUUGUUUGUUUGUUUAUUAACGUCACCCAUUGCCGGCUGGAGGGAGGGUCGGGGCUCACUGCGCGAUCCUCUGUCUCUUCAACCUCUCCGUCUGGAUCAACGGCAGCUUCGUGGAGGUGCAGUCCUCGCCCUUGACGACCUGCUACACUACGCCCGUCCAGCGCGCGGCGUUCGGGUCCGGAGUGGCCGGGUGGAACGUGUUCCUGCACCUGCUGCAGCCCGUCUGCAUGUUCUACUGGCUCUGGUCCGGCCUGCUCCUGCUCAGGCUGCUUCUGCGGGGGGUGAACCUCGGGCAGAACCUCGGACAGGGCCGCGGGGUUACCGUGGUCCAGGUCGGACAGACUGCCAGCAUCGGUAUUCCCAUGAACUCCCUCCGAGACACGUCCCGAGGUCCGUCCCGAGGGCCGUCCCGAGGCUCAGCUGAUGAGGGACACUGAACUUUGAAGUGAAAACAACAACUACCUAAAGAUCAAGAGACAGUAUUAGCAACACUAUCCCCCGAACCCAUGAAGCUUAUCGACACGUCGAUUGAUAAACUGAUGGAUUGAACGAUCGAUUGACAAAGAAAAAACAACAACGGGAAAGACAAACGAUAUUAUCAGUAUCCCAAGGACUCACCUAACUGAUAGACACUAAAAACAACAAGUACAUAUUUAGUUAGAGCAAAUACCAGUACCACAAAAAACAGCUACAACAGAAAAGCAAUUGACAGUACAGGCAUUUCCAUGAAUUAAUAGUACAUUGACCGAUCGCAAGAGACAAGGAAACCCGUCCCAGUGUUAACGGACCAAAGAAUAUAUAUUCCGCCAUGAACAAGACACAGAAACUAGGAAGAGUGACGGCAUGAACAACGAUCCAAAAACAACUGGAAGGGAAGC